UUUGUGGAGUCACAUCUGUAUUUAUUCUGUAUUGAUUUGUCGGCAUGCAUGGGACAAAAGAGAUGUUAUUUAUAGUCUAGAAACAGUUAGGGUUAUCAGGUUUGUUUACGACCCUAGCCACGUUCGAGCUAAAGCUGGAAAACUUAACCUUUUUCACCGUUUCAGGCUAGCUGUGUUCACGCGCAGCACGCAUAGCACGUGAAAGAGACGUGCAGAGACGCUGCGACCAAUCAGAAGCUCUGUUUUUGCUUCCCCCUGAUUGGUCCAUGAAACAGCAAAGUGUCACCACAACAACGGCUGGAUUUUAAAAUAGAUAUUGCUCCCUAUUUUCGUGCACUAGAGGACACUAGUCAACACUGUAAGAGCGUCUCGUACACCCUAUGUAGGGCACUUUUAUGUUUGUUCAAUUUGGUAUACAUCCUACUAACGAAGAGUGAGUUUGGGUAAAGUCCCUGGUUUGGGGGAAGAGCUGGAAAUGUGGAAAGGAGGAUCUAAGUUUGUGUGUUACGUAUUUAUUUGCUAAACGUUAUGUAGCUGCAGACUCGGUGUUUAUGUUGUGAAAAAGGGGAAAACUGGAUAUUUUUUGUCCGAGAGCAGGUAUGUAGAGUAAGCACGUUUGGCUAGUUAGCUAAGUGAGCUAGCGAGUUUGCAUGUCGCGGUUUUGUUCUGCUGCGUGAGCUCCACGCGGCGCUGCUGAAGUUCAGCCAGAGGAUCAAGGUCAAGCCACUUCCUCCGCAGUCCCGGUGAUCUGCUCAGCUCUCCCCGCUUCCAGCUACCUGCAGUGCGGAAUAUGUGUGAGGAUGAGCCGGAGAGACACCCUGGUUCAUCUGUUUGCUGGAGGGUGUGGUGGUACGGUGGGAGCCAUUUUGACGUGUCCGUUGGAGGUGGUAAAGACGAGGCUGCAGUCUUCCUCCAUAACAUUCUACAUCUCCGGCGUUCAGCUCAGCACAGUGAAUGGAGCCACCAUGACCCGAGUGACUACACCCGGACCCUUGCACUGCCUGAAGAUGAUAUUGGAGAAGGAAGGCCCUCGUUCUUUGUUCCGAGGUCUUGGACCCAAUCUAGUAGGAGUUGCCCCGUCUAGGGCGAUUUACUUUGCGGCGUACUCCACUACUAAGGAGCGAAUGAACAGCAUGCUGGAGCCCGACUCCAUACAGGUGCACAUGGUGUCUGCUGGCAUGGCCGGAUUCACGGCCAUCACUGCAACCAAUCCAAUCUGGCUAAUCAAGACCCGCCUGCAGCUGGACGCCAGGAGCCGUGGCGAGCGGCGGAUGAGUGCGCUGCAGUGUGUGCGCCGAGUGUAUCAGACAGAUGGUCUGCGUGGGUUUUACCGCGGCAUGUCCGCAUCCUACGCCGGGAUCUCGGAGACAGUCGUCCACUUUGUGAUCUACGAGAGCAUCAAACGGCGCCUCCUGGAGACCAGAGCAGCAACUCGCAUGGACCAAGAGAAGGAGACUACACGAGACGCAUCCGACUUCAUGUACAUGAUGAUGGCAGCCGCCACCUCCAAAACCUGUGCCACCUGUAUAGCUUACCCUCACGAGGUUGUCCGGACCCGGCUGAGAGAGGAAGGCACCAAGUACCGCUCGUUCCUGCAGACGGUGAGCAUGGUGUUCAGGGAGGAGGGGUUCAAAGCGCUGUACCGCGGCCUCACUACCCACCUAGUGCGCCAGAUCCCCAACACGGCCAUCAUGAUGGCCACCUACGAGCUCGUCGUCUACCUUCUCGACCGCUAACCUCAGCCCCCUGACCUUUGACCCUACAACCUGACCUUCUCCACCUGCGAGCGGGAAAAAAAGCUUGGAUUUGGAAAAGCUGCUGCUCAUAGUGCCAAUAGAAACUCGUACAUGAACACAUGCAAAAGUCAAGAGGAAAUCCAAGACAUUUGAGAGUGUGUAUAGGAAGGAGAUGAAGAUUUUAAAAAAACGGCCUUGGGGAAUGCACCAGUAUGGUGGGAGUUUUCAAAAAGAGACAAAUGAAAGAGAUAAAAUGUUUUUCCUGUGGAGUGUUUCCUCAUUUUUCCUAGGCUUAUGUAAAGCAGCUUCCAAAUGAGUCUUGUGUAAGAAUUAACACAUUCAAAGAUGCCUGAAGAAACACAUUGCAUCUCUGUUUUAACAGUGCUCAUUUACCUUUAACGAAAAUCAUCACGUUUUGGUGAUUAUUGUGUUUUUCUUCACAUUGACAAGAAAGCAGGAGGGUUACUCUUAUGCGAAAUAACAGACUUCAAAAGUAGGGGAUGGUCAAAAGUAUGCGGCAUAGUGCCAAAUGCCACGUUCUGAUUUGUCUGUGUUCAGACUCGGGGCUAUUUGGUCAAGGUGAAAUUAAGAUGCACUUAGAUGCCGUACGGAAACAGGAGUGCUCCUGUUCCCGCCCUGCAGCAGUGAGGGGAGUUUAAACAGGAUUAUAUGUGUGAAUAUGGUGUGUACAUAUCUAUAUGUUUGUAUAUUCUGGGUUGUGUUUUUUUUUUUUCUUCAUCUUUUUUUUUUCUUUUUGAUUAAAUAGCUGCUUUUGCUUAAUAUAUUAUUAACACAUGAAUGUACAUUCAAAUGUGACCAAAGUAAGAACGUUUAACUUGGUCUUACUAAAGACGUUACUGAAGAUGCACAUUCGCCAAGUUGAUUAUCUAUUCACCUGUUUGACUGUUAUGUGGGAGGAAAAUAUUUCCAAAAAGGUGUAUCAACAACAAACGUUACAGUGUCUAUGCACAUUUUGUGGUGCGAAUACCGGAGACUAUAAAGGAAUCAUUCGGCCCAUGUGCCCCAAAUUCACUCAGUCAGCCAAGAUACAGUGAGUGCCUGAUGUUUUGUAUUUUGUACUAUUUUGUACUAGACCUACAAGGUUAAUGUAGCUAACAAGUUAUAGCUUAUAGUUUAGCAUUGUGAAAUUCGAGAGUUCCUAAGCUGUCACACACUUGCCUGACAAAUAUAGUGUUGGGCCUAGUAAUGCAAUUUGUGCAUAAAUAGUUUACUAAAACAGUUUAUUAUAAACUGAAUCAGUUCUAACUAAGAAUUAACGUUCUACCUGUGAGCCACGCCUCCUGCAUAAAUCUGUGUGAAGCACAACCUAAUUUUGUGCUAAGAAAGAAAGUGAUGCCGGCUUCAGCACGGACCGCCGACUCUUUUAGCUGUCAGAAACCACAUAAGUAAGACUGUUUAAGAUUACUUAAAGGAACCUGGUGUAAAUUGCUGGCAUUACCACCAUAGCUACAGUGCAAAAUUAAAGCAAAUUGUUGUCAAACAAUUCCUGGCUGAUCGACUAAACUUGGGCUAAGAGCUUUCAAGUGUUGUGGAGGAUGGUGAGAUACUGAAUUUUGGGGAGAUAUUAGGAUACAUCUAGUUAUUUCAAAACACUUUUUUUUUUUUUUUUUUAAUCACAGUGCAAUCCGAUUUCAUUUCGUCCUUUAAUGUUGUUGCUGUAUUUUUAUUAAUGCAUUUUCAUUUUUGUGUCACUCCAAACUCUCCCCACCUGAGAGUCCAGUGUUCAUCUCACUCAGUGUUGUGUUUACAUCUACAGUCCGUAUAUCACAUAUCCUGAUUGCUCGCCAGCUGAGAAAUGUUCACAAACAAUCACAAUAAAGACAUAUGCAUCGGUUA